UAUUAGUAAUUACUGUGAGAACUGAAACAAACCUAAUAGAUCGCAUCGUAUUAUUAUUCCCUUGAAAACACACAAGCAAAUUCGAACCCUAAUUGCUAGGUUUCCGCCACAAAUUGCCGCCAUAACAAUUUCAAUCACUGCAUCUAGAUCUCAAAUCCCACUGGUUUUUUGUGAUUUCGCAAUAGUACUAUUUAGGGAUCUUCAUUGCUUUUUGAAACUGAUUUCGGUACAGAUCAAAGCAUUAGCUUCCCAGUUAUUUUGGUAGAAGAAAGCUGGCAUGCCAUCAGAACCAGGGGCUGUCAAAGGCUUCGUUUGUUUGAUGGUGUGGUAAAUCACUUCUUUAGGGAAGUUCUCUCCAAUAGUAUUUCUCGAGGCAUUUAAUCCGGCUUUAACCACAGCAGUUGAAGACAUUGGUGGCAUUGAAAAGAUUCAAAACUGUGUAAUUUAAGGGGAAUGAAUAGAUGAGUAGAAAUGAGUAGGUUGUCUUUCAGACCUCGACCACUUGACAUUCACAAGAAGCUCCCCAUCCUCAAGUCCUUCAAGGACUUUGAAGACGACGAGACACCCGCAUCUACUCGUAAUUCCCAAUUGCUACGCAUUGUUCCUGAGGUCGAACAUGAGGCCCAUGUUCAACAUGCUCCCAGCAAGAAAUUGGCCUCUGAAAUACCCACUCCUCAGUUUGUUUAUGUGGAUACAUAUGAAAGGGACUAUUCUUGCACUUUCGUUCAACCAACUUCCUAUUUGCGUGCAAGAGGAGCUAGGGCCGAGAUUGGAGAGUUUGUUGAGUAUGACUUGGACAAUGAAGACGAGGAUUGGCUUUCAGAGUUUAAUGAAGAAAGGGAUAUUCUGACACCUGAAAUGUUUGAGAGUCUUCUUUUCAAGUUGGAGGUGUUGGAUCAUAAAGCUCGUGAAAGAGCUGGCCUUUUAACAGCCACUCUUGGUUCGCCAAUUCCUGUGCUACUACGAUUUGAAACUGCUAUGGAGACCUUACAAUCUCUAAAUGUCAAAUACACAAUUCUCGAGUCUGUGUAUGAUUAUUGGAAAGAAAAGCGAAUACAGUGGUUAAAGCCUAUUUUGCGGCGUUUGCAGCCAGCUCCAGCAGUUAAUGACACCAACCCAUAUAAUGUCUUUCGUCCAAGGGAGAAGGCCCACAGGCUUCACACAAGAAGGAUGCAAAGAAGAGAGAACAAUGUGCAGUCGUUUGAAAAGCUUCGCCAGGUUAGGCGCAACCUUGACCAAGCCAAGAGCUUGUUGGAAGCUUUGAUAAAGAGGGAAGAGAGAAAAAGAGACGUAAUAGAGAGUGAAGUUACACUACAGAGGAUGCAAAUGAAGUACAAGCAUGAAACAGAAUUUUUGGAAGACAACUUGGCACUGUCUGGAUUUACUCCCUUCUCUUCCAAGAUUGUUUCAAGCGAAGAGGAAUUUUUUGAUUCAGACGAUGUCAUGACUAGCCUUCUUCCUCGUUCACGGUCUACUGCUGUACAGAAUUUACAUCCCUAUGACACCAACCUGCCCAUGGUUCCUUCAGUCAGUGCAAAGCAAGAGUUAAAGAGGAUACAUGUUCCACAUGGAUGGCCUCAUAAACUGGAUCCACAUGAACCAGUUUUAUUGUUCACAAAGCCGUUACUUCCUGGUAAGUUAGCAGUGGCAGGUAUUUUGCCGCCUGAUUCUGUCACAAAAAAUGCGGUGUCAGCACAACAACCAUAUACAUUUCGUGGAAGAAUUGGCAGAGGUGGCCGCAUAAUAUUUGACAGAUCGAAUUUGCUUAUGCAAACUCCAAUUGAUUGUGGUAAUUCUUAUUAUAUGCCACCAAAACCAAGACCUUCAACAUGUAACUAACUUGUUCAUAUAAUCUGGUGCUAAAUUGGUACCCUCCCCUGUUGGUUAGGAUUUAGUUUAUAAUCAUUAGGAUGGUACAAGAUUGUUUUGGGGAACUUGUAAACAUGAUUUAGGUCUGCAAGGUUUUUUCUUGUUAUACAAGGCCUUCAAGUGUUUCAAUGGGAUUUUGUAUUAUGUUUAAGGGAGUAUAUAUAUUUUGCCUUUCCCAUGGAA